UUGAAACGUUCAUUUGCAUUCUUCUUUUAAUAACCUCUCUGUGACACAUCAAUUUGAAUAGAUUUCAGUGUGCACAACCUACUAAACCACUGUUGCUAUGAUUGAAUAACAAAGUUGUGAAACCUUUAAGUGGUGGUAAGCCUCGACAGAGGUAUAAGCCCCUUGUCAAUCAUAUUAAACCCCGAUCGGUCUAGUGCUCAUCUUUUUCGCUGUUUUAAAGUUGAAUAUUCUAUUUUUCAAGAGAGGUCAAAACGGAGUGUUCAGCUCACGCUGGUAUUCCGAUUUUAGAGAAUAACUAAAAGUAAUCUUAAUUUUAUCCAUGUGAUAUCAAGAGCUGAUUUUUUUCGUGAUCACCAAGUUAAAUCUAAUUUCAUCCCUUUUGAAACUUACCAAGUAGGGGGGAGUUUCCUACAGCAGAAAGGAAUCGUCCCUCGCUGUCUCUAAAGGAAAAUAGAAGAAGUAGGAUGAUACAAUACAUACCUUUCUUUAUGUUAUCAGAUUUUGAUUAUGAAGAUCGACUGGGAGGAAAUCAAGGAAACUAUUGCUUUUAUCUGAUAAAAAAUUAUCAAUCGAACGUCAUAACAAAGCCACUUCUAGUUGAGCAUGUUACGCCUUCAAAGUGAAAGUAAAAAAUAGUAAAUCCUCCUUUUAAACUAUAACCUAAGGGAGAAAAUGUUAACCCUGCAAAAUAUUAUCUGCUCGUUUUCAAUGUUGAUUUUGGGACUUCACAGUCUGAACGUAGAUGAGAGGAUGCUUGCCCCUGGUCAUUAUGAUGUAGCAGAGGUAAAACUUCUUCACUCAAUAAGAGGAGGCUCAAAUGAAUCAAUUGCGACCGAAAGCUAUCAGCCAAUGACAAAACAAAAGAGAAAGGUUCAAAAGCUCAUUGAUUUCAGUCGGUUAGAAUUUAAAGUUGGAAAAAUCAGGGCGAUUCGAGAAAUACGAUUUGCACUUGAUUUUUACAUAGCAGAAAUUGAUGUUGGUGAAUAUUAUACCAGAACUGUGAUAAGUGGACUGGUCAAUUAUUACCCGAUUCAAGAACUAGAGAAGAGAAGAGUUAUAGUUUUAUGCAACAUCGGACCACGUGAUAUUUUGGGCUACGCAGCACAAGGUAUUCUCCUCUGUGCUGGUGAUGAAAAAAGGAUUGAAGUUUUGGAACCUCCAUAUGCAAGCAGGCUUGGAGAUAAAGUUACUGUUGCAGGAUACAAUGGCACAGCAGAUAGAUUUAUUAAAAAAAAAUUCAAAAUUUUUGAGAAAGUUUCUGAAGAUUUGAGAGUAAAUGAAGAAAAAAUUGCUUGUUAUAAAGGAAUACCUUUACAAGUGCGUGAUACGGGUUUUGUUAAGACAGCAACACUGAGAAAUGUGAGCAUCAUUUCAAAAGAAAAAUAAAAGUAUACAACAAUUUGUAAGUAAAGGUUAGGAGAUGCGAUUCACACAUAGAUAUUAGAAAAUUUUGGAUGAUUUCAAAAUGCGGAUAAAAAACUAUUUUCAGCAGAAGCCCAUCGUAAACAUUUUCAUGCUACUUGAAA